GUAAUUGCGUCUUUGCAAUGUACAUUGCUGGCAUCAAGGAUUCGAGUCAAAAGAAGACGCUAGGACUCCAACAGGAGCCGGAGGAGGAGACUCGAGCGAGAGCUAGCCAGAAGCAGCAGCGGACGGAGGAGGAGGCUCGCCGCACUAGCGAGUGCCCCUGCCGCCUGCCGACAACAUGGAUGAAUGCGACAACCCCGUCGUCGUCACAUUAGCCGCACAACACGGGGAGGUGGAGCAGCAGUCAGCGAAUAUCAAUGAUAAGAAGGCAUUGCAGGAAGAAACAGAUACAGCAGCAGCAGCAGCAGCAGCAGCAGCAGCAGAGACAGAGACAGAGGAGGAGCACGAGCACGAGGAGGCCGCACUAAACGCAGAAGUUGAGGCAGUCAUCAUGGGCCAGGCGGAGAGCAAGAAGCAUGGCGGCAAGUCGCAGCGUCGCCAGCUAAAUGGCAAUGGCAACACCACACAGGACAUGUCGCAGGACUCGCUACAGCAAUCGCUGCCGCCACACACCAAAGGCACCGCCAUGUCCUUUGGCUUUCGCAAGAAGCUCAAUGGUACGCCCAAAAAGCUAAAGAAAAUGCUGGAAAACCAAACCAAUUGCCACGCGGCAACAGACACAAAGGACGACAAUGGCAAUGCGCCGCCCAUUCACUUUGAGAAAGUGGGCGCCGCAGCUGCAACUUCCUCGGUGGCGGGCCAGCGCUUUGGCUAUAGAGGAGGCCCAGCGCCGCCCAGACCCGCCUCCACGGGCUUGUAUGGCAACAGCGAGGAGUCCGCAGAGAAUGCCCAAAACAAUAACAACAACAAUCAAGGAGGAGGAGGAGGAGGAGGAGCAGCUGCCAGCAGCACGCCGCUGGUUAGCAAUUUGAAACGUCGCUCCAAGAGCGCACAUGCCGGACGCAGCAGCGGCGAUGGUGGAGAGCCCAAAAUAGCACAGCCCAAGACGCUCACAUUCAAUCUGAAUCAGAACACAACCAUUGAGUACCAGCGGCGGCAGUUCUUUGGGGAGAUUGCAGAUGACGCCACGGGAACUGCACGCGGCACACAGGGGCGCUGCAACUACAACAAUUUGGCCAGCAUGCACGCGAAUGUCAUUGUACGCCCCACGCCGCGUCUCACGCCCGCCAGCUUUGCCAAAUUUACGCUGCAAACGGUGAGCCUGCCGCGGCCCGAGUAUCCCGUGGCCAUCAGCCUGACGGCCACCACACCCACCACCCCGAGCAGCAGCGUGCAGUCGCCGGUGCCCAGCCACUCGACGGGUGCCAGGGCCAAGGAUAUUUGCAGCAGUUCGCAUUUGCGGCAGCAUCCACUGACCUCGGUGCAUGUGCAGCCCACACAGGCGCAGCAGCAGCGGCAACUCGACCAGAAGAGCGUCAAGCAGCUGACCAACAACUCCACGCGGCGCGGGUUCUCGGGCAGUCGUGAGAUUAGCGCCGAUUCGGGCAUUGCCAGCCUGGACAUGGCCUUGGAUUCGGGCAGCUCGGGCAGCAGUUCGGCGGGCUCCAAGCGCAGUCGCAGUCGGCCCAGGAAUCUGCAGAUGGUGAUGAGCGGCAGGCACACAUUCGAGGUCAAGGAUGUGGAUGAUCCGCCCUCGAGCGAGUCCAACUCCUUUGUGGAGCCACUGGCGCUGCCCAAGCUGCCCACAGAUGGCAGUCAGGCGGUGCCGCUGCCUCUACUGGGGCUGGUGCGCUCCAACACGGUGCUGAGUCGUGAGAGCUACGAGCGGCGGCAGCAGGAGGAGCAGCAGCAGCAGCAGCAGCAGCAGCAGCCAGCGGAGAGCAAGCCCAAGCCCAAGCCCAGUGGCUCCGAUGAGAGCGAGAGCGUGGACGAGGAGAAGCUCUAUUUGGACUCAUCCACCUCCGAGAAGAGCGCCAAGCAGCAGAGUCACUCCUCCGUGUCGAGUUCGUGGCGCUGCCAGUCGUUGGCUGGGGAAUCCCUCGCCGCCAUGGACUGCAGCAGCAUGAGCAUCAGCGACAGUCAGGCGCCAGAAGUUGGCAGAGAAAACGACAGGGAGGAGGACAUGUCCCUCGGCCUAGACGAGAUUAGUCUCAACCCAACGGACAUGCCUUUCAGCACAAUUUCUUCUAUGACGGAGCCACCCACUCCAGCAAAGCUGGAGCCACUCAACAUGCAGCUGGUGGACAAUCGCGAGGCAUCGCCUCGUCCACGCUCCUUCAACAAUGCGCUCAACGAGUCCAAGUUCGCGGAGCUGGCGCUGGCCAGCAGCAGCUGCCUCCUGCUGGACGAUGAGACCUCGCCCACGGACAGCCUGGUGAGCAGCACCGAGGACUCGGAGGAGGCGGCCAGCGGCAAGCUCAAGAAGCACAAACUCAACGAGGAGCGGCAGCAGAAGGACAUCGACAUCGACAUUGACAUUGAUGAGAUCUCGCCGCUGCUCGAACUGGAGUUGGACACGGGCUGCGGCAGUCCCGUCUCCCCCGGCACGCCCACACAUGCCUCGCACUCGCUGUCCCUGGGCUCGGACUGUGGCAAUCUGAUCGAUGACGAGAUCGCCGAUCAGCCGGCGCUGCUGUGCAACAGCGAGGCGCACGAGCUGGCCACCGAUACGCCAACGCUGAUGGAAACGCACACGGGAUCGCUGCGCUCGCUGAAGAGUCAGUCGAAGGCACGCACCGCCCUGCAGCAGGCCAUCGAGUUGAGUCUGCGCACGCCCAUGGCCGUGCGGCAAGCGGUGCUGGAUCGUGCCGAGUCGCUGGACACGCUCUCGCCCUGCGAGUCCAUCUGCUCCGACGAUCUCAUGAUGGACUUUGACAUGAACAGCAGCGUGGACUCCAUUGAUCACAUGGCGCCCGUGUCGGGUCGCAGUCGCAGUGGCUCGGAUCUGCAUCGCAUUGGCGUCGAAAUGGAUUCCGCGCAGGCAGAAGCCGAGGCUGAGCUGCUCUCCGAGAUGGAACGCAAUGGCAGCGAUGUCAUGAAGGAGCUCAAUUCGCUGCUGCGCGGCCGGCGGCAGCGUGGUGGCGCCAGGGAGCGCAUCAGCGCCCAACUGCCAGCGCGUGCCACGCGGCUGCUCAAUCGUUCGCGGCUGCAGGACCAGCAGCAGCUGACGGGCCACGACUCGGACAACAGCCUGCGGUCAAGCCACAGCGGCGGAGCUGCAGCGGCAGUGCGCAAACGGAGCACGGCCAAUUCACGCGCCUCCACGGCCUCAUCCACGUCCAGUCUGCCGCGCCAGCGACAGCCACAGAGGCAGCAGCAGCAGCAGCAGCAGCAACCAGGUGGUGGCACUGCCUCGGGUGGCUGUGGCCUAAGGGUGCGCGGUUUGGGUAGCGGCGAGCUGCACAGCUCAUCGGACGACCUGAUGUUGUAUGACAAGUCAUUCCGGAAUGCCAUGAUCCAGGAUGUGCUGCAGUUCAAGAAGCAGCUGCUGCGACUGCGGCGCAUUCUACAAGAGGAGACUGAUUUUGAUUUGAAAAGGACGGAAACCCUGAAUCCAUUUGAGAAUGAUAAUCUACAAUUGUUUGCCGCCUGUGGGCUGGAUAGCAAGCAGCUGAACGACAUCGAUUUGGCCAGCCUCACCUCGUCCACGACGGAGGAUCCCUUGCAGGAGUUAACGGAUCUACGUAGACAGGUGGUUUACCUUCAGGGUCAAGUCGAUGAUCGUGAUCGCACCAUACGCCUGCAGCGCGAUCUCAUUGAACAAUUGGAGGCCGAGAAGCGGCUGCAACAGGUUGCUGGCAGCAGCAGCGACGCUGCCAACAAGGAGCUCAUCAGCAUGGCCACCCAAACGGAGCGGACACGACCACUUGCCAUUGGUGCGGAGGGUUUGUCCAGAAGUAAGCCCGAAUAUACCAGUUAUACGACACACUUUCCGAUGCUCCACUUGCACGACUCCACGCUGGCCGCCACCACCAUCAUACGCCAUCACCAGCAGCAGCAUCACCAGGAGGAGAAGGAGAAGGAGCAGUGUCCUACCCUCAGCCAGACCCGCCGCCACACCAUCAUCUCCACGACGUUGACAAACUACAAUCAGCAGCUGGCUGCAGCUGCCACCUAUCCGAGCACGCCGCGACGCGCUUCCAUUGGCUGGGACACGCCGGCAGAAGCCUCCAACAGCUAUAAGCCAGUGCGUAUAACAUUGAUCGGGGAUCCCCUGCCUCUACCGCUGCAGAAUGGCAGCUUUAAGUCAGCGUCAAAGUCCUCCUCAUCGCUUUCGUUGCCGGGUUCCGCCGCGCAGAAUGGGGUCAAGAUGCGGUAUCCGAAUGGCUGCCAGAGCGCCAAAAUGAAGGCGAGCAAUGGACAGCACUAUCAGCCGUUGUACAACAGCAACAAGAUGACAAGCCCAACCGUAACUAUAGUCUGAUUUAGAAACCAGGAUAGCCAGGAUAACCCAACAAAACCCACACACAAAAUUAAAUAUUUGCAUAAUCUUCGAUAUAACUUGAAUAUUAAUCCGUAUAUCCUUUCGCUUGAAAACAUUAAAGUAAGAUCAGAUCCGAUGCUGGCUACGUUGUUUGGCUUCCAAUUUGGGCAAGAUUUGCAGAGCCGCCUCCAGAGUUAAACAAAAGCACAAAAUAUAGAAACAGAAACCUGUGCGAUUAGUGGAAUACUUAUAUUAUAUUAUACUAAACUAUUAUAUUAUAUUAGAUGUUUAAUCUUAAACAGUACUUAAAGCAGUUCGUAGUGGAAACCAACUUUUAAUUGUUAAUUUUGUUGCCUAAGUUUUAGUCUAAGUUCUAGGGGAGAUUUUUCUCUGUCUGGUUUUACCUUCCCUGUAUUUUUGUAUAUUAUCAACAAGAAAAUAACUCACACACAAUCAUGCAUCUAUUUUUUUCUUCCUCCAAGAGCACAAUAAACAUAAAUAAACGUAAAGUAAUUAUUCAAAAAUAAUAAAAACUUCUUAUGUAAACCCA